GACCCGUUCUGUCUCUUCGAUCUCUCUCUCUCUCUCCUUCGAAUCACCAUGGCGAGCAACGGAGUUACGGUGGAGAACGUCUCUGGUGAAAUCCCUAAGAAAAUCGUUGACCUCAACAUUGCGGAGCCAGAUGAGAUUCUCGACGGAGAAGUGAAGGAAUCCACUGGUGAGAAGAAGGACGGAUCCGACUCCAAGUCGGCUGGGGAUGUAUCUCCGGUGGAUGAUGUUCAGAAGAAGAUUCGACGUGCGGAGAGGUUUGGUGUUUCCGUGAAGCUAACCGAAGAGGAGAAGCGCAAUUCUCGCGCUGAGAGGUUUGGGACUGUUGCAGCGGUGAAGGACUCACAGGGGACGAAGAAGAAAGCAGAGGAGGACUUGAAGCGAAAGGCUAGAGCUGACAGGUUUGGGGUUCCUGCUAAAGUUGAUAACACUGAGGAAGAGGCUAAGAAGAAAGCUAGGCUUGCUCGCUUUGGGAAAGAUACUAAAGUUGAUUCUGCUGAAGAUGAUAAACGCAAAGCUAGAGCACUCAGGUUUUCAAAACCUGCGUCUGAGGCAUCUGCUGAUUUACCUGGGAAGCUAGAUAUUAGCAAGGAGGCAGCUGUUUCAGGAAACGCUGCCUAAGAGGUUCAUGAAUAAAGUUUCUUCUGUAGUUAGGUAGUUAUGUAAUUCCCUCUCUGGCUCUGCUUGAUUCUCUCUCUUUAUUUCUGCAAUUAGAAGUCCCCGUGUGUAGUUUGGUCGUGGUGGAGCAAUGAUUCUCUCAGAUGGUUGGAAGCUAAGUUGUCACCAGAUGAGACCAUGAGAAAUCAAUAAGUAUCCCUAUAGUUCUGAUUGUCUUAAAAUGUGUUAGGACCUAGGAAUUCUGAAGUGGCUGGUGGUUACUUUUUCCUUUUGCAGGUGAUUGAAGUAGUGGUAAGUAUUAGAUUAAGUCCUCUUGACACCGCAUGUUCGUACCAAGCUAGUUAGAAAUUACUAGUGUUGAUUGCUUUUGAGUUGUUGUGCUAACGCGUUUAUCUUGAUAACCAGCCUAAGUUGCUAGCUUAUCUAUUAAAGUAAGUGUGUUUUGUCAUACUGCUGUUGUGUGCUUGAUCGCUAAUAUGGCAGUGCAAAAUAGAUCCCAUUACCUUAUGUUCGAUGUUGGUUUUGCUUAUUAAUAUGUAAUAUGACCUGUCAAGCCACAACUUCAGAGUUCCUUUGUCGUCUAAGACGUAUCAUUAGAACUAUAGAGGUACUUGUUGGUUUCCAUAUCUCUGGUCUCUAUGCCGAAGGGAAGAGAGCCUCAGACGCUGAAGAAUCUCUGUUCGUGAGACUUCGACUUUGCUACCUUUCUGAUACUCUGCACAAUUCUUAUGCGUCUGUAAUAGAUUUUAGAUAACAACUUUGUUCAUACAUUUUGAAUCAAGCAGCCAGAAAUACUUUUAUGAAGGGAAUGUAAUGUUUAGUUUUGCUUCUUA